AUGGAGACGGUUGGAGACUUUGAAUACAGCAGAAAGGACCUGGUGGGACAUGGAGCUUUCGCUGUGGUGUUCAAAGGAAGGCACAGAAAGGUAACUAUCAGGAACAUUAAAGGUCUGCAUCUCCAUCUUUCCCAUUGCAUUGCUUGCACCCUCCCUCUCCUCUCCUUGCCUCUCCUCUUUUUUUGUUCUCUAUGAGGUUAUGUGAGAGUAGUGACGCUUACAUAAAUCUAGGUCAGUGACAUUGCACUGCAGUAAAUAAACUGUCAUUUGGCAUAAUUGUGUUUAGUUUGACUUCAACUAACUAGACAUUCUAAAUAUUAGUUACGAUAGUGAUGCAAACAUUGCAAUUAAAUACAAUUAUAUCCAUUGAUAUGCUUCACCGUAUUCAAAUGUAACAAUGUUAUUUACAUGUUUGAUCAUGCAUGUUAUUGUGUUUCAUAAGCCUCGAUCAUGUGAUGAUGUUGUGCAAUCUUGCGUUAUGGUCUGGCACUGGGUGCAGAGAGAUGCGAGCCGUUCAUUCAUGAAACGGAUGACUCAAACAGCAGUGAAUAGCUCGCUGACGUAGCCAGCCAGCCUAGACAAGGUGAAGAGAAAGGAGCAUGUCUGCUUGUUUUUCCUCAUCAAGAGGUCUUCUUUCUCCAUCUUUUGUCAUGAUAUGAGAAAUAGUCUACACAAUGCAAUCCUGACUGCAACAUUUUGUAAAAUAUCAACAAUAGAAUGAGAUGAUGAUAGUCUAGUGAUGAUACGGUCAUCCUAUUAGCUUGAUUGGCCACACUCACAGAGUGAUAACAAAGCAUCUUGACCGACCGACUGACUGACAGGACUGUGGCGACUGUCCAUGAUGGGGAUGUGGACCAAACAGUGUUGUGUUGAUCCAGGUCAGGUGAUCAAGGCGCAGCUGAAGGAUGGUCAGAGACGAGAGAAUGUUACAUAUGUCUGAGCCUGCUCUACAUCUAUCUCACUGUGUGAUGCAUCCAGGGAUGAUGUCACCAUGCUACCCUACAGUAUUAUAUUGAAAUAUUUUAUGAGAGCAGAACAUCAGUAUGCAAAGAUUCAUAACAGGUAGGUACUCCAAUGGUGAGUGUAGCUCAAUUGGUAGAGCAUGGCGCUUGUAACGCCAGGGUAGUGGGUUCGAUCCCCGGGACCACCCAUACGUAAAAAUGUAUGCACACAUGACUGUAAGUCGCUUUGGAUAAAAGCGUCUGCUAAAUGGCAUAUAUUAUAUUAUAAGGUAUGUCAACGUUAAGGGAUACAAUAGUAGGGGUGUCAAAUUCAAUCCGCGCACGGGCCAUAUUGAUAAAACAAGGGCCAGACAUUUUACAAAAAAACGUGCAUACAACUGCGACCCAAACUGGCCAAUGUUUUAUUUUAAUUUUUAUUUUAUCGCCCUUUUAUAAUGUCCACUUAUGUAGAUAGGAUGCUGUAUAUAGCAUUUUAACAUAUUAAAACAAAUUAAGAUAUAAAUCAUAUUUGUCCAGCCUUUGCUGCUAUGCUUGCAUAUGUGCAUAAUAUGCUGCGACCCUAAUCAAAAAGUAUUUCAUAACUCCAAAUAACAAAAACUUUGCUAGGUUGUUGUAACAUUUAAACUAAAAUGUUUUUCAUUUUUUUGCGCUGCAUGAUCACUAGUGCAGUUGAACACAGUAAUGCUGUAUGGUGCACUCAAAAUGUAUUGUAGUUGAGUAACCGGCCUAGGCUACUGCUCAAAUGUUGCUGUAAUAGGCCUACAUGUUUCUCUUUUGCAUUGUGUUUUGUUGCAGGUUUUGUUUUUUGGUUAUUAAUUGUCGGGCUUUAAAAACCGAAGCCAGACUGCAACCUUUAACACUGAAACAUAUAUAAACGCAACAUGUAAAGUUUCAUGUUUCAUGAGCUGAAAUAAAAGACCCCAGAAAUUUUCCAUAUGCACAAAAAUAUUAUUUCUCUCAUUCUGUGCAUAAAUUAUUUUUACAUCCUUGUUAGUAACCAUUUCUCAUUUUCCAAGAUAAUCCAUCCACCUGACAGCUGUGGCAUAUCAACAUUUUUACAUUUUAGUCAUUUAGUAGAUGCUCUUAUCCAGAGCGACUUACAGUUAGUGAGUGCAUACAUUUUUUUUUUUUCAUCAAGAAGCUGAUUAAACAGCAUGAUCAUUACACAGGUGCACCUUUUGCUGGGGACAAUAAAAGGCCACUCAAAAGUGCAGUUUUGUCACACAACACAAUGCCACAGAUGUCUCAAGUUUUGAGGGAGUGUGCAUUUGGCAUGUUGACUGUAGGAAUGUCCACCAGAGCUGUUGCCAGAGAUUUGAAUGUUAAUUUCUCGACCAUAAGCCGCCUCAUGUUGUUUUUGAGAAUUUAGCAGUACCUCCAACAGGCCUCACAACCGCAGACCACGUGUAACCAUGCCAGCCCAGGACCUCCACAUCCGGCUUUUUCACCUGCGGGAGCAUCUGAGACCAGCCACCCGGACAUCUGAUGAAGCUGUGGGUUUGCACAACCAAAUAAUUUCUGCACAAUCUAUCAGAAACCGUCUGAGGGAAGCACACCUGCGUGCUCGUCAUCCUCAACAGGGUCUUGACCUGACUGCAGUUCGGCAUCGUGACUGACUUCAGUGGGCAAUUGCUCACCUUCGAUGGCCACUGGAAUGCUGGAGAAGUGUGCUCUUCAUGGAUGAAUCCCUGUUUCAACUGUACCGGGCAGAUUGCAGACAGUGUGUAUGGCAUCAUGUGGGCAAGCGGUUUGCUGAUGUUGUGAACAGAGUGCCCCAUGGUGGCGGUGGGGUUAUGGUAUGGGCAGGCAUAAGCUACGGACAACGAACACAAUUCAAUUUUAUCGAUGGCAAUUUGAAUGGACAGAGAUGCCGUGACGAGAUCCUGAGGCCCAUUGUCGUGCCAUUUUCUGAUCCCACGCACAACCUUUUUUUAAAGGUAUCUGUGACCAACAGAUGCAUAUCUGUAUUUCCAGUCAUGUGAAAUUCAUAGAUUAGGUCCUAAUGAAUUUAUUUCAAUUGACUGAUUUACUUAUAUGAACUGUAUGUAACUCAGUAAAAUCUUUGAAAUUGUUGCAUGUUUCGUUUCUAUUUUUGUUCAGUGUAGUAGCCUAGCUAGGACUGUGGCACGUUUCUGUACACUUUCCCUCUGCUGCACACUGACUUUGAAUUCACAGAUGCGAGCGCAUCAGGCUGUAAUUUCAUAAAGUAGAUAAAUAAUAAUAUAAUAAUAAUAAUAUAAUAUGCCAUUUAGCAGACGCUUUUAUCCAAAGCGACUUACAGUCGUGCGUGCAUACAUUUUUGUGUAUGGGUGGUCCCGGGGAUCGAACCCACUACCUUGGCGUUACAAGCGCCGUGCUCUACCAGCUGAGCUACAGAGGACCACGUAGAUGAUUCAACUGUUAACUCAUUUAUACUCACUGUAUGUCCUAUUGUCCUUUAGUAGUAAUUUAUACCCGCGUGUGACUCCCUUUUUAUCUUGUACAUUUUUGACAACCAAGAUGACAUUUUCUGUAGGCUACAGCAAUGACCUGUUAGAACUGCCACUUGGCAUGGACAUUUAGCCUACAACAGUUUAAAGUUUCGGUCUGGUAGAAGAUUAGGUCAGUGGCAUUAGUGAUGAUACAGUAUGAUACAGCGCACUGGCUAGCUUGUGUGUGUGUGUGUGGCAAUGCACUGCCGUUUGGUGUGCAUCACGUUGGCAGUGCUUGCUGGGACUUGUAGUGCAGCGCAUCGCGGGUUGUAUGGAAGCGGGCCAAAAUGAAUUGACAACCCAAAUCACUGCGCAGGCCGGAUAGAAAUGUGUCGGAUUUGGCCCGCGGGCCUUAUGUUUGACACAUGCAUUAUAGGGACACCUACAGUAUAGUGUCAUAGCUGGGUUGUCAAGGUAACACCAUAGUAUUGUACAUUUCACUGUUAUUGAGGAGCCUAUGAGCUGGGGUGUAGCUUAUGUUUGUACUGUACCUAGCCUUAUGUGUUUGCGUGUGCUCAGAACAGAGCAGCUAAAUUUAGUGUACAUUUGAAGCUGUGAGUGUGGACUAUCAGUAUACCGGUAUGUGACUUGAUGUCCUUCCUUCGGUGACGUUCUUGAGCUGGUUAAAAUAUUUAUAACCCUGCAUCGGCAUGCCUUCUAUUAAUAGGAUUAUUUCCACUUAGGCUAGGAGAUGCAGGACAGACAGACUGGGAUGUUAUUGGUGCUUGCAACAGGGCUGAUGGAUUGCCUCAUCUUUUAAGCAUCCUACUGCAGUUUGAAUUAGCCCUGCCGUCACUAUUUAGACCAGGGAUGGGCAACUUUGAUGGUGGUGGGGGCCAGGAGAGAAAUGUUUGCAGUUUUUAAUAUUAUAUCCGAGUGAGACUAACUAACAUUUUUACAUUUUAGUCAUUUAGCAGACACUCUUAUCCAGAGAGACUUAGUUAGUGAGUGCAUACAUUUUCAUACAAACAAAAUAAAUGGAGGCCCCCAGCAGUUAAUUCGACCAUAAUAACAAGUGUAGAUAGCUGGCUGUAAAACUAAAUUAGCAAUCUAAACAAUUUUAGCUGACAUGGGCUAAAUGACUGACUGUCAGUGACGUACAUAACAAGAGAGAAACUGCUAAUGCACAACCAAAUUUAGAUGUUGCAUCUUGUGUAUUCUAACUCGCAACAGUAAGUUGAGACCCCGAAUGAGUUCCUAAAUUUAAAUUGGAAAUUGAUCCGAGGGCCUUCAUGCGGCCCACGGGCUGACAUUUGCCCAUCCCUGAUUUACACAUUGGGACCUCAUAUGCAUUUGCCUGUUCUGGAUUUUGUCUUACACAGUCUAGUGCACUUUCGAGUUGGAGAACACUCACUACAUAUACACGUGCUUGUAUAAGCAUCUUUAUUCAUUAUUGUCUCUCACUUUGUCUCCCAUGAUCUAUUCAGUAAGUCUUGCAGUUUGAACUAGCCCUGCCGUCACUAUUGAGACCUCAUAUGCAUUUGCCAGUUGUCUUUUCUUUGUGGAUUUUGUCUUACACAGUCUAGUCAGGGCGGCAGGUAGCCUAGUGGUUAAGAGUGUUGGGCCAGUAACUGAAAAGUUACUGGUUCGAAUCCCUGAGUGAAAGAUCUGUCGAUGUGCCCUUGAGCAAGGCACUUAACCCUAGUUCCUCAUGUAAGUCGCUCUGGAUAAGAGCAUCUGCUAAAUGACUCAAAUGUAAAUGUAAUGUACAUUUCCCUCUCUACAUUGGUCAGCUACAUUGGUGACCAGGGUGGAAUCCUUUCGAUACGCCUAUGGGGCCUGGGCACACAAAUGCUCCUAGAGAGAAGCAUGUGUUGAUGACAGUUCUACAGUCGCCAUUAGAGGCCCAGGCUUUUGGCAUUUCUGGACUGCAACAUUGUAAGAUUGUGCCCUCCAAGGCACUUGAUAUACAUUGAUUGGUAGGUUACACUAUAUUUAGAUACUUCAAAUACUGCCUGAGACACCUUUGCUAUUUGUCUCCGUUCUCAUGGUGAAAGACUAUUUGUCUCCGUACUCAUGGUGAAAGACUAUUUGUCUCCGUACUCAUGGUGAAAGACUAUUUGUGUGAUGUUGCUCUUUGUUCGUAUGCAUGAAACGUGAAAUGUACAUUACGCAUUAAACGUAUAUUAUGGAAAACAUGUCUCACACUCAGUCACGGUUGGUAGAAUAAUUAAUGGAUUGGCAAGAUUUUGGCACUGUUAACUUUUGAAGGUUAGUAGGAAAGUUAAAUAUAUUAAACCACCUAAAUAUACUCACAUUCACUGAACAUUUAGUAUUUGAAACUCAAACAUGAAUUUCCCAACUGUUUUUUCUAAAAUCCUACAGGCUCUUUAUCAUUCUCCAUACCUUAUAUUCCAAUGCAUCCAACAUUGUGCAUGCCCAUCAUGGUAUUGGUCAGCUGCUAUUUGAGAACUCAUCUUGUUUAGAAAUCAAACUUACCUUAUUGCAGAGCACAUUGUACAACUGUUUUUAGAGAAAAUUGUAUUGCAAGGUACAGUGGGGAAAAAAGUAUUUAGUCAGCCACCAAUUGUGCAAGUUCUCCCACUUAAAAAGAUGAGAGAGGCCUGUAAUUUUCAUCAUAGGUACACGUCAACUAUGACAGACAAAUUGAGAAAAAAAAAUCCAGAAAAUCACAUUGUAGGAUUUUUAAUGAAUUUAUUUGCAAAUCAUGGUGGAAAAUAAGUAUUUGGUCACCUACAAACAAACAAGAUUUCUGGCUCACACAGACCUGUAACUUCUUCUUUAAGAGGCUCCUCUGUCCUCCACUCGUUACCUGUAUUAAUGGCACCUGUUUGAACUUGUUAUCAGUAUAAAAGACACCUGUCCACAACCUCAAACAGUCACACUCCAAACUCCACUAUGGCCAAGACCAAAGAGCUGUCAAAAGACACCAGAAACAAAAUUGUAGACCUGCACCAGGCUGGGAAGACUGAAUCUGCAAUAGGUAAGCAGCUUGGUUUGAAGAAAUCAACUGUGGGAGCAAUUAUUAGGAAAUGGAAGACAUACAAGACCACUGAUAAUCUCCCUCGAUCUGGGGCUCCACGCAAGAUCUCACCCCGUGGGGUCAAAAUGAUCACAAGAACGGUGAGCAAAAAUCCCAGAACCACACGGGGGGACCUAGUGAAUGACCUGCAGAGAGCUGGGACCAAAGUAACAAAGCCUACCAUCAGUAACACACUACGCCGCCAGGGACUCAAAUCCUGCAGUGCCAGACGUGUCCCCCUGCUUAAGCCAGUACAUGUCCAGGCCCGUCUGAAGUUUGCUAGAGUGCAUUUGGAUGAUCCAGAAGAGGAUUGGGAGAAUGUCAUAUGGUCAGAUGAAACCAAAAUAGAACUUUUUGGUAAAAACUCAACUCGUUGUGUUUGGAGGACAAAGAAUGCUGAGUUGCAUCCAAAGAACACCAUACCUACUGUGAAGCAUGGGGGUGGAAACAUCAUGCUUUGGGGCUGUUUUUCUGCAAAGGGACCAGGACAACUGAUCCGUGUAAAGGAAAGAAUGAAUGGGGCCAUGUAUCGUGAGAUUUUGAGUGAAAACCUCCUUCUAUCAGCAAGGGCAUUGAAGAUGAAACGUGGCUGGGUCUUUCAGCAUGACGAUGAUCCCAAACACACCGCCCGGGCAACGAAGGAGUGGCUUCGUAAAAAGCAUUUCAAGGUCCUGGAGUGGCCUAGCCAGUCUCCAGAUCUCAACCCCAUAGAACAUCUUUGGAGGGAGUUGAAAGUCCGUGUUGCCCAGCGACAGCCCCAAAACAUCACUGUUCUAGAGGAGAUCUGCAUGGAGGAAUGGGCCAAAAUACCAGCAACAGUGUGUGAAAAGCUUGUGAAGACUUACGGAAAACGUUUGACCUGUGUCAUUGCCAACAAAGGGUAUAUAACAAAGUAUUGAGAAACUUUUGUUAUUGACCAAAUACUUAUUUUCCACCAUAAUUUGCUAAUAAAUUCAUAAAAAAUCCUACAAUGUGAUUUUCUGGAUAUUCUUUUCUCAUUUUGUCUGUCAUAGUUGACGUGUAGCUAUGAUGAAAAUUACAGGCCUCUCUCAUCUUUUUAAGUGGGAGAACUUGCACAAUUGGUGGCUGACUAAAUACUUUUUUUCCCCACUGUAUGCUCUAUGUGUAGGCUAUGCCAUAUGUAUUGGCUAAUAUACAUAUGCAGCUGUCAUUUUUUUAAACCUCCAUUCUAGCAAACAUAACAGACAUCUUUAUAUCUACAUGCUUUUAUUUGGGUUUCUAUGCAAAGUGUAUGUUUGAAUGUUUCUUUAAGCCUGGUGCUAGUUAAUUGAAAUUAGGCAUAAUCAUGCCAAAACAUGAUUCGACAAUUGAAUUCACUGACAGAGAUGGGUAAUGAAACAGAAGUUGACAUUUACAGUAGCUGGCUAGGCUAGUCUGUAACAUUGGCUAGCUUGCAAUAAAUUGGCUAAAUGGUCAACGGAGUUACCUCUUCAGAUGAUUAAAUAUGCAGCCUGCAAUACGAAUUGUUUUGAAGUGCACUCAAAAACAGAUAUUUAUCUUAUUUCAGUCUAGGAGCUAGCUAGCUAUAUCUGUUCCUCUUCAUCAGACAGCAGCUCGCGUUUUCACAAGCGGCUGUGUUAUCAUAGAUAGAAGCAGGCCAUUGGAUGCCUGCAUCACGAGGGGUAUGUACAUGAGUUCUGAUUGGUUCCAAGUUUCGUAGUUUGGCAAAUUUGUCUGUGCGGUCGAGUGUUGAAAUAUACUUUUUAUGAGAAAGUGCAAGAAUUGAAAGUGCCAACAAAUGUUAUUGUCAUCAUAAGAAUGUUUUACUGUCAUAUACAAAAUAUCUGCUCCUCCCUCGACGGGGAUCGAUCAACUUUACGUUUUAAGGCUUCGGCCUGUUCCUGAUCUUGCACAUCUGCGCGGUGACCUUCAGCAUUCAAAUGCUAAAAGGGCUUGCGUGAUAUUAGGCUUUAUUAGUUGAGUAACAACCUAUGUAAUUUGCUAGGUUACUGCUAUCUAUGCGCUGUUGUUUUACCUAAAUAAAAGUAGGCUACCAGAGACACAACUCUCAUCUGGCUAUACCUGCUGAAUGGGGCUUACAAUAUGUUUUAUUUGGAUUGUUCUGGUUCACCAUCAGCAAUAGUUUUGGUAGUUUUGCUUUAAACAAUCAGUGUAUAUGGUAAUUUUAAGAUAUAUAAGGUAAAGUUGAUAAUUUCAUAGCUGUAAUGUCAUAGCUAAUUUGUGUAAACGAUAAAUAUUUAUACAUUACACUUAAUCUGCAAAAACGACAAGUUAAUUAGUGGGUGAUGGUGAUUUUGUCAGCUCAGACAGAUCCAGCUAAGAGAGGCCCAGCUCAUGAGCUCCAUCAGCAGAAGAUUUUAAUUUAGAAUGGAAAAUGUAUGUUUGUGCAACAAAUGUUAGUGCAUUGUAUCGCAUCGAACUGAAUCACAUCAAUUCAUUCUCCAGUCAAACCGAAUCGCACCAAAUCAUUUCAAACUAAAAAGUAUCGUUCCCGUAUCGGAGCCCAUGUGUCUAGAUACGUAUCGAAUCGUCUUAAAAGGGAAAGAUGCACAUCCCUAACAUAUUGAUGUUGCUGUCACUAAAUGCUUCCGCAUGCUUUGGUUUGGCUGGCGCCUAGCCGAACUUGGCUAGUUGAACCGAACAAGUGUGCUCACAUACUCCCUUAAAAGACCUUUGCUUGAAAAAUGUCAGAAUAGUCUGUAUAAUCUAAGAUAACUCAAGAAAUUGGCCAUUCAUUUUGACGUUUUUGAAGAGGACAUCUUAGUCGUGCAAUUUUACAUCUAACUAAGAUGUUUGGUGCAGUAUUUCGCAGGUGAAAAAAUGUGCAUGAAAACGAGUCAUCUAUCGUUGAAUGACAAUAAACACUUAAUUGAAGAAUCCCUACUGUUGACCAAUCACUGAUGAAGGGGCAUAGACUUCGGUUACUGAAAUUGGUCUUGCCUAAAAAAUAAAUUGUGCACAAACAGCCCCUCCCCCAAUGGAAAGUGCUUACUUUGCCCUUCAUUCUCUCUGACUGUGUCUGUGUCAUCAUAGCAGGAGCCUGGUCAUUAACUUGAUUUGGUGCAAACAAUAACCCUCUGCUCAGCAUUACACCAAAGGCCGAUGGGGUCAUUCUAUUGUAUGGGGUUUCUGUUUGCUGCACUGCCUCGGUAUAUGCCACAGUUGGCUGGUGCAUGCUGUCAAGUGCAGCCUCCCUGUGCCACUGCCAGUAGAACCCUGCCUAGCAGCAGAGCAAAUUGCAAUGUGGAAUUAAAACAUCUAUUAACCUAGAUUCAUUUGGAAAGCAGCUGCCCUUUUUAUUCAUGGAAUUCCUCUCGGCAAGUCUUACAAUGCACCAUCCAUUCCACAAUUUAGGCUAGUACCUUUUAUGUUAGUUGGAGUUGUGGUCAUUGUCCAAACUCAGUGUCUCUCUGUAGCUCAAGGGCAAAGAAAUCAAGCCUUUUGAGUCAUGUGAGCUUGAAUAGUCUUUUUUUUUUAUAGGCUACUCACUCGCACUAAGGGCUCAUGUGAAUAAAGAAAGCCUGGAAACUGUCUCUCUGAACUUGAGUAGAAAAUAGGUCUCUCUCGCUCAGGUUUUAGUGGAAGUGGGCUACCUCACAUGAUAACUCUGUGUUCUAGUAUUCUUUUGACUGUUUUGUCAUUCAGUGUGUCAUUCAGUGUCACAGAGGCCUAUCUGAUUGAAACCCAAGAAACCUGUGUUGGUUUAAUGUCUAAGAUGUCCUCUCUUCCCCCGCAUCUCUCUCUCACAAACAAUGAUGCACAGUUCACACAAAGCAAUUAAAGGCCACCUGACCUGGGCUUUACACACACACACGCUUCCCUUGGCAUUAGUGUGAGUGAUGGGGGAACUGAACACGUCUAAAGGGAUUUUAAACUAAUUGUUCCUUCUUUAUUUCUCUCCUUCCUCCAUCUGCAGAAGACGGAUUGGGAGGUGGCUGUCAAGAGCAUUAACAAGAAGAACCUCUCCAAGUCCCAGAUCCUGCUUGGCAAGGAAAUCAAAAUCCUCAAGGUGAGUAGUAUGCUUAACUUAAUUGCUUCUCAUUUAUCUUGGAAACGUAUUUAAAGAAUUAGUUGGCAUCGAUCCUCCAUCAGUCAGCAUGUUUGACUGAAAGGCCUUGACUUCCUUGUUAUAAAUGUAAAUAGAAGCCAGUCGUCACGUCAACAGUACAGUAGCUAAUGUAUCACCAAUGUGCUUGUUUUCUUCAUUACUUUUCCCAGGAACUUCAACAUGAGAACAUUGUGGCGCUUUACGAUGUCCAGGUAAGUCCUUAUCUGGUUUUCCAUUGA